AUGGGGAGGCUGAGUAACCUGAGGGAGUUGACCAUCCAGUUGUUCACUAGCAUCAAAGAGAUCCCCGACUCCCUCACUGACCUCGUCAACCUCGAGGUUCUCAAAGUCCUGGGAUGCCGCAACGUCUCUUCCUUCCCCACCUCCUUGAGUAACCUUGCACGGCUUAAGGAGUUGGCUCUAGCUAAGCUCCCCCAGCUGCCACAGCUCUUGCCAUCCCUGCCCCGUUCCCUCGAGGUUCUCUCACUGGGAACUUUCCAGCGCCUCACCCCUUUUCUGGAAAUCCCUCUGCUGCCGAGGCUAAGGAGGUUGAGCCUGAUAAGCGUUGCCUUCAUGCGGGGGCUGGUCCCUGGCAUGGCGCUGCCUGCCGUGGAGCACUUGGAGCUGUCGCUGGUGGGAGAGGCAGAGGAUCUCCCGCUGCCGCUUGACCUUGUCCCCAACAUCCGCAGCCUCAAGAUCGCAAGUGCUGGCCGCCUGAAGAGCUUCCCAAAGAAGCCUGUUCCGUUCGUUCUAAUCUUCCAGCUAAUGGAUCGGCUGGAAAUAGAGCAGGCUGUGAAGUUAAAGGAGCUCACAGAGAGUGUCACCGCGCUGCAUCGCCUCACAUACAUCAAAAUCCAUGCUCCUGAGCUUUCCCCCCUACCAGAUGGCAUUGGCGCCUUGUCUCGACUGCGCCAGCUGAAUCUGGCGGGCUGCUCACCCCUUGCAACGCUCCCUGCUUCUCUCACCCAGCUUUCCUGCCUUCACGACCUGAACCUUAGCUGCACCUUUGUGCGCUCCCUGCCCUGCAACUUUGGGCAGCUGAGCCGGCUCAAGAAUCUCGACCUACACGGGUGUAAGAAGCUGGAAGAGUUGCCGGCGGAUAUAACCCAACUCAAGAUGCUUCAUAGCUUGGAUGUUUCGGGGUGUGAUGAAGACAUUGACACCGACUGUCUUGAUGGGAUGUAUGGAUUGCACACCAUUAGAGCCUCUGAUAACCAGGAUUGA